UUCAGAAAGAUGGAGAACAAAGUUGAGCGUGCGGCUAAUGCGAAAAACGUCUCUCUGCCUAUUUCACGUGUAAAAUUAAUAAUGAAGAGCUCUCCGGACGUGUCGUGUAUCAAUCAGGACGCCCUUUUCUUAACCACGAAAGCGACGGAGCUUUUUGUUCAGCACUUGGCUUUGACCUCAUACAAUAAUGGCUCGGGAAAACAGAAUGGUACCCUGUCCUACAGCGAUCUGGCUAACACUGCAGAGGAGACAGAAACAUUCCAGUUUCUCACAGAUAUUCUUCCAAAGAAAAUCUUGGCUGGGGAUUAUCUGAAGUCCCUGGAGAAAAUGGAACCAGAAGAAGACAACUGAUUUUUUUUUUUGGGGGGGGGGG